AUGAAACUUGUCGUAGUAUUUUGUGCGGUAGCAGUUGCCGUGGUCAGUGCGAGCGAUGUAGCAAGCGAGCGAUUCGAGCGGCGCAUGCUGCCGGACGGUGCACAGCAGAUCGACGAUCGUCAGCAGAUGGGAAAUGUUGGGUCGCUGAAGAAGAUUGUCGGUGGUGGACCGGUAAGCAUCCAGACGCACUCCUACCAGCUGUCGCUGCGCAACUACGACUACCACAUCUGCGGUGCCUCGAUCAUAUCGAGCGUUUGGGCCCUUACUGCAGCCCAUUGUCUGUACCCCGAUCCGGACCCGAAAACGAUCACACUGCGCGCUGGAACCAGCAAUCAGUCGGUCGGUGGUCGCAUCUUCAAUGCAUCUCGUAUCAUCAUCCACCCGAUGUACAAUCCCAGCUCGAUGGAUAACGAUGCGGCGGUGAUUCGUGUGGAUUCGUACUUCACUGGCCCUAACAUGGGAUACAUUGCACUGGUGCCGCUGGGUUAUGAACCGAUGGCGGGUGUUCGGGCUAUCGUUACGGGCUGGGGACGCCAGAGCGAGGACUCGAAACAGUCGAUGACACUGGCCGGAGUGGAAAUCCCCAUCGUAGAUAAGGCAGAGUGUAUGAAUCAAUGGAGCGGCGUAUCGGUGACACCACAAAUGAUCUGUGCCGGAGCGUUGGGCAAGGAUUCGUGCAACGGUGACAGUGGCGGCCCGCUAGUUUCCGGCGGACGCCAGAUCGGUAUCGUAUCGUGGGGAUCGACCAAAUGCGGUGGCCCGCUAGCAGCUAUCUACACUAACCUGGGCAACGUGGCUAUCCGCACCUUUAUCAGCUCGACGACGGGCGUCUGA